GCGAAGGACAAGACCAUAGUUUUGGUUCGUUUAACAGGUAAACUGACUAAACCAUAGCUCAUUAGCUCUCAGGCCAAAAGCCCUUGGAAGUUGGAAAUCAAAUCAGAUACGAAGAUGAAGAUAGGAGUUAGGUUGGAUGUACUUGUCCUCACGAUUGCUCUACUUUCAGUGCCAGUGCUAUCGGAUCUCAUCCUCUCCAAGGUUGACCGACGUAUUGAUUUGACUUCCCAAAUUGCGCGCAUCACUUCAACAUUGAAGGUGGAGAAUGCAGGAAAUGAUUUGGUUUCAGAGGUUUUAUUGACAAUUCCUGAUAAUCAGGCUAAGAAUUUGGCAUAUUUGACGGCAACAUCUAAUGAAGGGAAAGGAAAGGUGAAGGCUUCAGCUGUUAGUUUACCUGUUGAAGUUGUCCACCCUGAAGGAAUGCCUCCUGCCUUGACUUUUUAUUCAGUAUCUUUACCCAAGGGACUGGGCAAGGGGGAGACCUUCACUUUGGAUGUCUUGGCUGUUUUUACACAUGCAUUGCAACCAUUCCCUGAGGAAAUUACUCAAGCUAACAUACAGCUAGUAGUUUUCUCUGACACUGCACACUUUCUCUCCCCUUACACUGUCAAGGUCCAAUCACUCAUUGUUAAACUGCCUGAGGCAAGAAUUGAAUCCUAUACAAAAAUUGAAAAUACGAAGAUUCAUGGUUCCGAGAUUAAGUAUGGUCCAUAUGAGAAUCUUCCUCCCUUCUCUUACUCACCUAUAGGUGUUCAUUUUGAGGCGAACCAACCCUUUGUAGUUGCUCAAGAGUUGGUACGGGAGAUAGAGAUUUCCCAUUGGGGCAACGUGCAGGUGACAGAGCAUUACAAUCUUGUCCAUGGAGGUGCUCGAAGCAAGGGAGAAUUUUCUAGGCUUGAUUAUCAGUCAAGACGCUAUGUAGGAGGUGCAUCAGCUGUUAGGACUCUUGUAGCAAAAUUGCCUCCAAGAGCUCACUCUGUUUAUUAUAGGGAUGAAAUUGGCAACAUUUCAACAUCCAAUUUAUGGAGUGAUUCUAAAAAGACAGAACUGGAAAUUGAACCUAGGUAUCCAAUGUUUGGUGGUUGGAGAACUGCUUUUACCAUUGGAUAUGGCUUGCCACUUCAGGACUUCUUAUUUCAGGCGGAGGGAAGGCGCUACCUUGACUUUUCUUUUGGUUGCCCCAUGAAUGAGGUGGUCAUUGACACUCUCAUUGUGAAGGUUGUUUUGCCUGAGGGUUCUACAGAUAUCUCUGUAUCCGUUCCUUUUCCUGUGAAACAAUGGCAAGAGACAAAAUUUUCCCACUUAGAUGUCAUUGGUAGACCAGUGAUUGCGCUGGAAAAGACCAAUGCUGUGCCAGAGCAUAAUCAGCAUUUCCAGGUUUAUUACAAGUUCAGCAAUCUUUCAAUGUUAAGGGAGCCGUUGAUGUUGAUUUCUGGAUUUUUCCUUCUUUUUGUUGCCGGCAUUAUAUACAUGCAUGCAGAUUUGGCAAUCUCCAAGUCUUCACCGUCCUAUUUGGCAAAGUUGCAAUGGGAUGAGGUACUAGCAGUAAUUCAACAGUUCCAAAAUAACAUCAACCGAUGCUUAAUGAUUCAUGAUAAGCUGGAGGCAUCAUUACGUGACCUUUCAAGGACAGGAGAUGUCCAAGCUUGUAAAGCAGCUCGGAAAGCAUUUGAUGGUUUGUUGAAAGAUCUUUCAAAAGAUUUGAAACCAUUGCUGGCAUUCCUGCAAUCUUCUCCGCAGGCCUCUCAGAUAUUACCCAAGGUGGAGGAGCUGGUUGUUAAGGAGAAAGAUUUGCAAGAGAAGCUGAUGGCGAAACACUCAAUGGUGGUGGACGGCUAUGAGAAAAAGUCAGGGGGACGGGAAAUUGAGAAUCGGAUUGCUUUGCAGCAGCAGAAAAUUACAGCCUUGAGGCAGGAGGUUGAUGAUCUUCUGGAGUUUAUUGAGGAGAUAUGACGAGUGGGUAUUAUUAUUAUAAUAAUUAUUAUUCGAGUGUUCACCACCCAUCGGAUUGGCUUUAUGUUUCAUCGCGCAGACAAAAAUACAGCCAAGAGCAACACCUGACUGGGAAUUUUGAUGUGCUUACUGCUUACUUAUAUUUAUGUAGUUAUACAUUAAUGGCCAUGGAUUUUUAGCGCUACACUUAUUUUAAGUGCAUGAUAGAAUGCCAAAUUAACGGGGCCAUUGGUCUGUACUCUGUAGUCUGCAUGUGUGGUAGUACAGGCUUAUAUUUGAGUUGAAA